GAUUGCGCAAGUCUCCCACACCACUGAAAAAUUUUUAUAGACGGCGGGAAUUCAAAAAAACAGAACAAAAUGACUACAUGAAUUUCCGACUGUAUGACAGGAAAUUUAAUUGAAAACAUUUGAAAAAUUCAUCCUGAAAUUAUGAAAAACAAACAGGUUUUUGAUAUUUUGAAAGGCAAUUUCAGCAGAGGCGAAACUAAUGUAGAAAAUUAUCUGGCGUUCCGUUUUGAUAUUACUGAAGACAAGGGAGAUUCGGAAAUUAAAGAAAAUGCGGAUACAUGCGAAAGGAUUAUAUUGAAAGAACCUCGCUGUAAAGUCAUUUGGCCGCGAAUUUGUGUAUAUGAAUAUUUGAAUGACACAGAUCUGAAGCAGCUUAAUGAUAUCAAGAGAAAGAAAGAAAUAAGAACAUUUAUAGAAAAACGCAUCCCAAAGUCGUGCAAGGAACCAGCAAAGACACUUUUCAUAGAACUCAUGUACACUAUAGUGAAAUUUGCAAGAAAACACGACUUCAACUUGAAACAAUCCGGUGCUUUGCUAUCUCAAUUCUAUUUGACCCAUAUGACAUUCACAAGCUCCUUCAAUAUUGCUGCAGAAAAAUUGUAUUUAUAUUUCAAGGAAAUAAUGAUUUGUCACUCUGUUGCGAGUCCACCUGAUAGUAUCAAAAUAUUUUCAAUGGAUGAAAGUGAAAAUAUUAUGAAAUUUUUUUGCAAGAUUUAUCUUAGAAACUUGCCCCUUAUAAGAACAAUGUGUCUUCCAAAUUUUGGCUUCUAUUUGAACACAUUCUUAGAGACUCCACCUCCACUUCCAAAAAGAUCAACAGGAGAAAAGGAAAAGGAUAAGAAGAAUAAAAAGAAAAAAUGAUAUAAUAUGUCAAUAUUUAUUAAUUAUCACCAUCCAAUUGUUUUUUUCUAUCCUCUAGUAAAGCUAAUAAGCUGGUUUGACGUGAA